AAUUAUCAACAUUGUUUCAGGGGGAAAGGGGCGGAAGUAGUAAUUUUCUUUCAUGAAAGGAAUGAAACAUAUCAAAUGCAGCGUAAAUUGCUGGGUGUUCCAAGUACUUUUUGCAGGCAUUGUAGCUCAUACUGAAGAGUAAAUGCUAAAAACUGACACAUUUUCACCUCUUGAAAAUUUCUUGAAAAUUUUUUUUGGCUAGUGGGUGUAACCUUUCACUUACAUUACUUUUUUUAUUUUCUUUAUUUUCUCUCUUACAUCAUUCGUUUGUACAAUGUGGCAUGAACUAAUUAGCAACUCACUUUUGACAUUUAGUAGUGGGUGUUAAGCCAGUUUCUCUAUCGGCUAUUCAUAAAAGAGAAACCGCCCAUUUGGAAAAGUGACACAUUUUAUGACUGGAUCCGCGAGCGCAAGGUGUUUUCCGUACAAAAUGCCGCACAUUCUUAGCACACAUGACAGCCUGGCCAGGUUCCGUUUGUUUUCGAAGCAGAGCAUGAAAUCGUGUGUCCUAGUUCCAUGACGUAAUUAUGACUUGACACCUCGCCUCUUUUAUUGUGGGGGAUUUCGACAUGCCUCGAUUUUAUGGCGAGGCUACCUGUUAACUUCUUUGAAAAAAUUUGAUCAGGGAAAGAAAUUGAUGAACUCAGGUCGAAGACUUUUCCAAAUAUGAUGAAAGUGCUAAAAGCUUAAUUAAUGCGAAUUUUUAGCACGUUUACACGAGAAUAGAUGGCCAUCAUAUUUUCUAUGGCGAAGAAUGUGCGAUCCUACCCUCUUAUUCUACAGGUGUUGAAAUUUUGCACCUUGUUAUGCAUUUCCGAGCCCAAAUCAUAAAGUUUAGUUUCGUAAGGUGGAAAUAGAAUAAACGAAAUGUUAAAAAUUCUUCAAUUUGCAAUGAAUUGGAUUCUCGUCAUCAUUUUGUUUUGUACAUGCUUAUUACUUAAAAACAUUAGGCCUAUUUGUCAUCAAGCGUUCAAUUUCAUGUCAGCAACUUGAAAAUGCAAAUUUGUUAAGAAUUUACGCCACGAAUUAAUAAAAAUGUAUCCAGUUAUUGACGUAAAAAUUGACAAUUUCAAUGCAUAUUCCCUGCGUAACAAGCCCGGAAAGUAUUUUUCUUUUCUAGGUAAACAUGGGAGUAGCAAAUCUUUUGUUGAACUGUCGUACUUAUAAGCGAACAUUCCUGACUGGGGAGACAAAUAGCAGUUUGAAGGGGACGUGGGGAGAUGAAAAAUGCUACGAUCGUCCACGAUUUUGUCAAGAAAGUAUCGCCUAUAAAGAGCUGCCAUUCUGAAGUCGACUUGCAUUUUCAAUACCAUAGCAGCCUGCUGGUGGAUAAACUGCCUCUCAGAUUGAAUAGGAUUCACCCGUUCGCACGAUUCACUGCUGUUAGUUCAUUUCGCUCCAGAAGUUGUGGAGCUAUGGCCGUUGCCUUACGCGUAUCAAGCUGGCACCUCGUUGUAUGCUGUUGCCUUCCCCUUUUCGCUGCUCUUGUUGGAACAACUGAAUAUCGACAUACAAUAUACGGUUUACACGGGACUUUAUCUUCACCAAACUACCCUCGUCACUACCCGUUAAAUACAACAGUUAUCUGGUUGAUUGCCGUAGAAAGAUCAAGGACGAUUGAGUUAAAUUUUACAGACUUUCAUCUGGAGAAAAAUAAGAAAUGCAUUUAUGACCAUGUGUAUAUUGAAGAGACUCAAAUGGGUGCUGGUUCUAUAACGAAAAGAUACUGUGGACAUACGAAGCCACCUAAUUAUAAAUCGCUAUCAAAUCAGAUCAAGCUGGUAUUCCAAUCUGAUCCAUUGAGUAAUGUUGAUAUUGGGUUCAAAGCCACUUGGAGAGAAACUGGUCGAUCCAUUAUUGACCAAGGUGUGAUUCCUUCACAGCCAAUUAAUCCAAGCAAGUCUUGCAUUCCAACUACUGUUACGUUGGUAGAGCCUUGCCAUCAGCCGGCUCCGCUGCCGGUAACUGUAACAGUAACCGCAAAGCCUACAACGUGCAUUUGCGGAACGAAAACAACGACACAAACAAUCACUAUAACGAAAACGAAGACUUUGCAAACGCAAGCCAUCAAAGCAACGAAAUCUUUGCAUUCGAGUUACGUAGUCAAAUCGUCAGCAGAUGUUAAUAAUAAAGAUGGCGGCAAAAAAUCAAAUGAUAAUAGGUCAAAUAAAGUCGAAGAUACUGAAGAAUGCAAGCCUUCGUCUACUUCAUCGCUGAUAGACGCAGAAAAAGUGGCAGCAGAAAGAGACAGUUCGAAAAGCUUGGUUGUUUCGCUUGGAGUUGUUUUAGCUGCACUUUUCAUAACAAAUGUAUUUCUUCUGGUGUUAUUAUGCAAAAGAGAGCGAGGAUACAGUGCUAUAUCACUUCAUAGUCUACGGAGGUUCAUGAAUGGCAAGAGGAGACCCCCAUCAAACACUCCAGAUAUCUAUUACUCCAGUUACACGCGCCCUACUUUGCGGAUGGUCGACGGGGAAAUAGUGGUUGUACCCCCAGGACCACCAACAAUUACAGACAGUGACUUAACGUCAACAAUAUUAUUAGAAACUUAUAGAAAAGAUAAACGAAGUCAAGAAUCCGAUAAUAUCGAGGAGUCUCCUGAGCUGCCGUUUCACAUGAUACCACAAGGGCAAAUAACUUCAACACUAACAUCAGGUGAAACUGAUGAAAAUACAAUAGCUUCAACCAGGUCAGAAAUGCUUUCAGAACCUGAAAAUCAAGAUUUCUGCUGAUCAAUGUUAAACUUGCAGAUCAAUACAACAAGAGAAGAGUAUGCCACUGCUUCUUCUGCUUUGUACCAAUCUGGUCUUCCAAAGAAGGAAUUACGUCAGAUAUCCCAUGAUCCUCCCUCCGCUGACGGAACGACAAGUCUGGAAGAAGAGGCAAGACAAGACAUAGAAACAGUUUGUUUUGUCGGUUGCUUGAAAACCUUACAUCGGAAGCUAAGUGACAAAACUGUUCUUAAAAUGUUCUAUCAUCGUCCCAGCACCCUUUUGGAGGGAUUUUAGAUUAGAAGGACUUUGCAUCUUGCCAGAAGCUAUGUAGAAGAUCAGUGCUGGGACUAUGCCUGCUACCCAGUUAUGGCUGCUACCCAGUUCAAUUUUGCUGAAUGCCAUAGAAAUGUAGUUCGUUACAAUGUUAGUUGACUCGUAGAGUAGUAUUUAACGGUCCUAGUUUUGUGGGCCUUAGUUACAAUAAUUUUUGUAAUUUGUUGUUUGUUCGCUCAAUAAUUAAAUACGCAGUAUAAACACCUACUACUAUACUACAACGCGAGUUCUAAUUAGCGCAAUAAGAUUGUGCUGAUGUCAUUCUCAGAAAAAAUGGCUUUCAAUCUCGAUACUAAUUUCAAUCAAGAACCUGAUGCAGAGACACCUACACGAAUCUUUCUCUAGUUAUAGCGUUUGUCCAAUAACUCGAACUUUAUAGCAAAAGCGUAAAAAUUUCGAGUUAUCGAAAGCUUGGUUUUUUAUUACAACAAAAGUGCGUCCUAAGCAAGAAUAUUUAUGAAGAGAGAGAGAGUGUUUUUAGCAGAUAGCCGAAUAAAGACAAAAUAUCAAUAGAGAGUAGAAUUGUCGUUUUUUCACAUUGGCAUCAAAUUAAUCAAGUAUGAAUUUUUAUAGCUAAAAAAUUGAGCUGUUUUCUGUUGUUGUACCUCUAGUUUAAUCAUCUCAAAAUAUAAAAAAUCGUGUUAAAGGCUGUUACAUUCGCUGAAUGGAGCAACUUGACAUUUAUUUAUUAAGCCUUUAUUAAAACAUAGAAUAAUAGAUGGCUUUUUGCUAAUGCAUCUAGUUUUUUAUGAUUUUAAAGCAAUUUAAAGGACAUGUGAUCAUGUAUUUUGCGUAGAGGCACAAGUCAAUGUGGAACCAUUGAUAUGACAGCAAUCGAUAGAAUUAAAGUAAAAAUAUCCUAUAGGCAACAGUAAAUAAAGAUUUGUGUUGUCCAAGUACUUUAUCUAAAGUAGACUUCUAGUCCUUGCUGAGAGCGCUGUAAUUUGGCAAUGUAAGUUUGCAUUAUAGUUCAGUUUUCUAGAAUGAGUACAGUGUGUGUCAUGAACGUCCCUAAUGUGCUCGUGGCACCAUUUGCUCGUGAUAAGAAGGGGUUUUACAGGGUCCAAUUUGCAUCUGUUGCUGCUUGGGCAGAAAAGGCUCUUGGCACCACAGAGUGAUAUGAUGCAAUCAAAUUGUCUGCUUUAGAGAUGCACCUUUAAAUCGUUGAAUUGGAUGAUUCUUUCCUUCAAGUACAGGACAACUGUAAAAUGUUGUUUACAACCUUUCUGCCAGCAUUGUUAUUUUCUUUUCUGUGAUCCAUGAAGACGAAAAUGCGAUUCAGCAUGAUUAAUAAUUAUGUCAAAGAGACAGGCCAUAAAAGAUCAAAGAUGGCAGCCGGGAAGAUGGUAGACAGCAAGAUGGUACCUAUCCUUGUCAAUAUCAUAUCUCGUUCUGAAUUUUUUAAGUUCAUCCAAAGAAAAAGAAACGAUUUUACCUUUUCAUAUAACACCCUAAAAAUUUGGUAACCUUGGGAUACUUACUUGAAAAAGUGAACACGUUGCGUGUAGUAUCCUUGAUAUUUGUAGAGCUGUAAAUAGGUUAUAGAUAUAUUUGUUGCUAUUUGGUUAAAUAUCUUCUGUGUGUCGUGCAUUUUCAAACGUAAUGCAUUCAUAA